AUGAUGGCAAGCUUCUCGUCCCCGCUGGUGGCAACAAUCGCCGGAACCGUUGCGAUCGUACAGCUGCUGCUGCUGACGGUGCUGCUGCACCCGUCCGUCGGGGCGCAGGAGCUAUUUGCCUUUCCGGCGGAUGUAGUGGUUAGCCCGAACUUGGAAAAUGCCCGUAAUCGCACACCCGUCUAUAUACCGGGUAAGUGUAGCACGAACGAAAUUCUCUACCCUGGCGAUCACGACAAUGAUUGGGUGUGUGACUGCCGUCCAGGAUACGUGUACUCCCCACCGCAGGACAGCUGCUAUCCACUGUUCCAGCAGGGCUUCUGUCAGCCGGGCGAGUACGUGGAUCUGGCCCGCCCGUCGAUGAUCGUCAAGUGUACGCGCAACGUGUGCACGGGCAGGAACGAGGUACCGUACCGGGAGCAGUGCGUAAAGCUGCACCAGAACAAUCGGCUGUGCAAGAUCGAGCGACGCGUCAGCUGGGUGAUUGGCGUUAACAUUACCACGCUCGAGCUGGACUGUAUCGCGGGCACGACCGACCUGCUCGAGAUCACGGUCAACAACCGCAACAUGGAGGAUGGGGACGAAACGGACGCGCCGGUUGCGAUGAAAAUCGUGCAGCCCGUCUACUUCAAGGAUGCCAAGCUGUGCCAGAAUGGCACCAAAUCCAUGUACAAUGGACGAUGCCCGUAAUCUCCCAAGGGCCUUGGAUUACGACCUCUACUACCCGUUCGGAAAGGGGGGUGAGGGGUCCAUUCCUCUGUGUAUUAUCUGCAAAUAAAAAGGGCUUCCAGCUACUAGUGUGUUUCUAAA